AUGUUCCGUCUGUUUGUGGCGCUCUCUGUAGUGCUCGUUUGGACAACAGCUGAGCCAAUUCCACUUUUGAAUGGCAACUACGUCACUUGCACAGUAUGCAAAGAAGCCGUGAAAAUAGUUGUGCCAUUGCUGGAACAGGCCAGCACUCGAAUUGCAGAGGAAUUCGUUGCAAAAUGCAAGGAGUUCUUCAAAUCCCUGCCAUUUGCUGAGUAUCAAUGCAAGGCGUUCGCAGAUCAACAACUCGCCCAGCUCAAAGCUGCUCUCGCACAAGGAUACAGCCCAGAUGUUGUCUGCCAGAAGAUAAAAGCUUGUUAA